UUUGGUCGUCGCCGUUGUGGCAGGCUGGAAGGUUGUGUGCAGCAGCAGACCGUGUGCGUGCGCGUAUAAACUAUUUUCGAGAGUAAGUGCGUCCAUCAUCAACGAACCACUUCCUCGGAGAACUGCUGCACCAGGCCUGAACAUUAUCGCACCUUCGACAAUCAGUAGCGAGGUGCAGGCACGGCUCCAAGUGUUGUAACAUACCUACGAUACGAGUGAGUAAGUGUGCGUGUGUGCAGGCUCAUGUCCAGGGCGAUGGCUUAAGUCAGCAGCUGCACAUGGCUACAAGAUAGGCAUCAGUGUGUGCGUGUACGUGUGUGUAAGUGUGUACAGUAAGAGCAAGCGAAACCCGUUCAAUUCCAAAAGAAACGGAGUCCCUUUUCUUCUUUUCUCUCUCUCUCGCUCGCUGGGGCUUGUGCAAUCGUCUGAAAAAAAGAGUUUCUCUCUCGCUUGCUCUCGUAUAGCCGGGGCACGGAGCGUGUACACGUAACGCGAGAAAGCUAGCAGACGAGAGAAAGAACGGGAGAGCGAGAUAGCCUAUAUAAACAAUAAACAAACGACAGGCAUUGCUCGGUACGCGCAGUACAGCAAUAACGAGGGAGAGCAUAAACAUCAGCAGUGGUGGCGGCGAGGCCACGAAAUUCAAUAAAGCCAGAUAGAGAGAGAGAGAGAGAGAGAGCGGCGCUGUGGUGGCCUCCGUUCCGCUCUCUCACUGUGUAGUCACAGUCGGAACAGGUCGGAACGGAAAGCAAGCAAGCAAACCAGGCAGUAGUAGCAGCGGCAGCAGCGACGAUUUCACACGAGGGGUAUCGAUUCGACCCCGGACGCCGCUGCCUGCACUAUAACCCCGAUAUAUCUCUUUCUCGCCGAGGGAGAGAGAGAGCGAGAGGAUGAGGUUGCGAAGGAUGCGCAGCAGCAGCAGCGACACACCGACCGAGCUGCUCCUACUACUCCGCUGAAAAAAGUACACACAUAGGCGCACAUGGAUUGGUACACUGCGAGAAUUUAAUCGAGAGAGAGACUUUGCUCUCUCGGCUGUGCUCUGCUUUGAGCGUGUCUGUCUCUCUCUGGCGUUCGCUGGCAUAUACACUCGCGUUCUGUCUCUUUCACUCGCACGUUCGUUCGCUCGUUCGCUCGUUCAUGCAUGAUACGCAGACGGCACGCGAGGGGGCCAUGGACGUCGAUAUUUUUGGGCGAGUCGAGCCGAGCCUCAUCCUCGACCAGCGACCAGCCCAUCGCUUCAACGACUCGUCGCAGCCAGUCCAGCUUCGUUGCGGUCAUCCUGUCUGCUGCUAAGCUGCUGACUCAGAGUCAGCUGAGCCACUGUGUCCUGCGACAAGGGAUUAUGUUCUGCUGUUCCGCCUGACUAAUUUAGCUACAUUUAUGCUCAACUGUUUCUCACUUCACUCGGCCCUACCGACGAUCCACGGCUCGGGCUCUCAUCAAGACUGCUUUCGUAAGUUUACACUACUGUAUAACCUCUGAAAGUGAAAAAGGCCAACUCCGACAAAAUGGAUCUGAGCACAGCAGCAAGUAAUAGCAACGGCUCGGUUCCGGCCGCGGCUCCGAGCAACAACGCCAGUAGCAGCGGCAGCAGUAGCAGCAGCAGCAGCAGCAGCAGUAGUAGUAGCAGCAGCAGCAGCAGCAGCAGCAGCGGUGGUGGUAUGACCAGCAGCAACGGCGACUCGCCGGCAGUGGCGUGUCCAGUGUGCACGCUGUACUUGCGCGAAGGCAUCAGCCUGGAGAAACACUUGUUCACGCAUCCGAAAGAGCAAGUGAUCGGGGCGUUGAUCAGGGCCAGUGGCAGUGGCGCUGUCGUUGGAGCUUCCGCUACAGCUGGUGGGGUUUCAACACUGUUCAGCCAGCCACAACCGGCGCCACCCCCUUCGCCGGCACCGACACCCGCUAGCCAACCUCCGGCUGCAUCGCCGAGCCCGCACGUUCCUCAUGCGGCUCCUUCGCCUUUCCCCAUUGCGCCCAUUUACCAUGAGUGUCCGCCCCUCAACGCCAUGAUUCCGCCGGCGCAGUUCGCCUCAUUCAGCUACCAGCAAUUUGUCAAUAAUGGUACCAUGAUGAUUCCCGCUCAAUACGCGAUGGCUCAGGCGCAGCCUCCACAAGCGAGCCAGAUGAUGCAAAUGUUAUACAAUCCUUACGGGAUGUAUCAUCAGCAGCAAAUACCUACAGUGCAAAUGAUCUCGGCACCUCCAAUGAUGCCUACCUCGACGUCGACACUGCCCACAACGGUGCCCUCGGUGACGACGCGAAUGAGGCCAACUGCUGCCACAAGUACGAGUAACGUCACCAUUACUCCUGUCAGUGAGACGACAAUGACAACCUUACCACUUCCGGCACCGCCGAUACCAACGUCGAAGCCGCCGAGUGUGCAAUCACAACAGCAGCUGGUGGUCGAGCCACCCAAACGGCAGAUCGACCCGGAGAUUAUAACGGGUCCUGAAAGUAUUCUGCCAGACAUGGAACCCACAUCACCUGAGCUACCACAAGAACAAGUUGAAGAGACUCAUAGAACUUUAUCUGUGGAGCACAGAGGCCAUCAAAAUGCCUGCACACAAAGAGAAGAGCAAAAUAACGUCGAACAAUAUCACAGGGCGGAUCCACCUACACUACUCUGUAAUGAUACUACUGAUAAUGACAAGACUGAAAGGAUCUUACCGGAUAUUGAAGACGACGACGAUAUUGCAUCCCUUAUUGUGAGAGAUGGUAGCAAAAUACAAAACCAUGAAAAUGAUGUUGCCGAGAUUGCCGAACCUAUGGAUUCCUCAAUUGAGCAACCGACAAAAAAAGUGACGGUUGACACAAUUCAGUCUGACCAUGAGGAGGAACACAAUUGUCAAAAUCAAAGUAACGCUGCUCGGACAGUUGUUAGAGCUAGUGAACUUAUUCAAAUUCCUGACAAGGAAACUUCAAGUUCAAGUAGGCCAGAAGUAGAAAAAUUAAAUCAGUUACUUGGCAAUAUGGAGUCUGAUUUCACCAAUGUAGAAUUAUCUAGUACAUAUGAAGAGGAGAGUAUAGAGAAGACACAUCGCAAAAUGCAAGAUAUUUUAUCAGAUGAACCGAUGGAAAAACACACCGAUGAAGAUGAAAAUAUAAGUGUAUCGUAUCAUAAAAUUGAUCCCGAGCAGAUUGAGUGCAAAAUCAUUGUCGCUCAUGACGAGUCGGACGUUUCCUCCGUAGCGUCGUCAGAUUCAUUAGAGUGCAAUUUAGAAAUACAUAAAAUUACACAUUCGUCCUAUCAUUUUAAAACACUGCAUUCUCGAUCGGCGCCUACGUCUCCAGUGUCGAAAAAAAUAUUUCAUCGUCGUCGAUCUCGUUCGCGUGUAUCCAUGCUGUCUUAUCCAGUUGGUUUUGAAGCUACUUGGCUACGUGAUAGCCUUAAGGAUAACUACAGUGAUGCUGAUAUGGAAUUGGAAGAGCCGCAUCAUACUUUCCUAGAGCAAAAUACUGAUAUGAAUGACAAGCCGAAAGAUUUGUCUACCAACGUAAAUAGUAUGAAAGCUCGUCGUAGUAGAGCGCCAGGUUCUCCUGUAUCCAUCAAUUCAUCUUCUUCUUAUGGUCCAAUGGAGGAUGAAGAAGAAGACUCGGAUAUAGAUAGUUGCGGCAGCAAAGACGAUGAAGAAGAUGAGGAAGAAGACCAAAUGUUGAUGGACACUGCCUCGCAGCAAAUCAAUGACAAUCACGAUGAUAAGAAAACAGUUUACAGAGAAGAUUGUAAAGCCAUGCUACAUACUGAAAUAAGACAGCAGGAUCAAACUAUUGACUUUCGAUCUCAGACCAUCAUCGCCGAUAACUACUCGGCAGUUCAAUUUCCACUUAAUUUGGGCCCUACGUCUCAGCAGCAUCAACCUAACUCAACUUUGCACCAUGAAACUUAUCCACUGUCUAACAGUGGUGCCUCGCAUAAUAUGUUAAACAUAUCGGAGAGUGCCGAUCCGACAACAAGUACGGAUUCCAAGAGUUGUUCUAGCUCUAAUAAAUCGACUAUACAGAAACCUUCGGCGGAGUUACUGAAUAUUAACGAAGAUGCUCAUGCAGGGCCUAUGAAUGUUUUUGAGUUCGACGGGCUGCAGAUACUCGUACCUAGUACGUUUAUUAGUGAAUCGUCACAGAAAGCAGUAAGUGGUACUAGUCAACAGUCGAUGUCGAGCAGCGAAAAUGGGGCUGGCAACGAUGAGGAAGUCAAGAGUGUAAACAUGAGAGCAGAUGAGACGAUGCCACCCAGAGGUGAACUAUCGGAACAGGAAAGCAAUGGUUGCACCGAGCAGUCGGCUUGGCAGCUCUACAUGGGGCAAGAGUCUUCGCGCAUGUCAACAUCUUAUGACCUUAUGGCACGCGAGAGUUGGGAAGAAUUCGAAGGUUCGGAUCACGAAGAAAAUAACGCUGGUCCACUGCUUGACAGUCGUUCUCUUGCAACACAUUUCACUCAUAGUCUGUUUCUCGAUCAAGAUCGCGACCGCAAAACACCAACCCGUAGAGUCUUUAAGUGCUCGCACUGUCCGGAGGUGUUCGAAUGCCCUAAAGAGCGUCGAGUACAUAGCACCGUGGUGCACAAAGAAGCAGGUCCGUCUACUAGUAAUGAUAACAUGGAUCAUCAGGAUUUGAAAGAAAUUAAGAUUCUCGAUAGCCGUACUAAUGUGUUUGAUGAACUCUUCGCUCCCGGUCUGCACGCACAGCAGAUUUAUCAGCAGCCGUUGUUACACCAACUGCAACCGCCACAACAGAAUACAGCCAAAGUAGACAGCGAAUCAAAGAUAGAUGGGUUGCACAUACCAACUAUGGAAGUUAUCUGCAGCUUGUGCAAUCAACGAUUCACUAGUGAGAAAUCGCUGCAGAUCCAUCACAGGCGUAUACACGAUGCUGAAACCAAGCGUAUUCGUGAAACGACCAAGUGUCAGAUUUGUAGCGAAGAGUUCAGUUCCAUGGCUACUUACAACCUUCAUUUAAAAAUUCAUCCUCUGGAGUGCGGCCAAUGCGGCAAGUACUUUUACCGUAAGCAGAACUUCAAGUUGCACAUGAAGCGCCAUUUAGGUAUCAAGCCCUUCCAAUGCACCAUGUGCGACAAAGCCUUCCUUACCAAGCAGAAGCUCGAUGAGCACACCAAUGGACACACUGGCAACGCUCCUGUCAAAUGCAAUCUUUGUAACGAAACCUUUAGACGCUAUUCGAACCUCACGCAACACAAAAAUCGUCAUCACCUGAACAUUAAAAAGAAGCUUAAGGAUUACAUAUGCCAUUGUGGAGAGAUAUUCCACACGAAAAAGAAGUUGGCUUGGCACAAGGAGACCCACGACGAGAAACCGAAGGCGUGUACUUAUUGCAACGAGCGAUUCAUCCACAUGGCCAGCUUGACACGUCACAUGCGACGAGCGCACAAUAAGCGCUUCGUGCCGGACGCACAGCGGGACAAUGAAAAUGUUGAGUGCCCUAUCUGCAAGUGCAUUUACCUCAAAUCAUCUUUAGCAGUACACAUGAGAGUUCAUAACGGUGAGAAGCCGUACGAGUGCCAACUCUGCCCUAAAGCAUUCAGCACCAAGUGGAAUUUGCAACUACACAAGUGGACUCAUGCAAACCGUAGCGCCAAGCCUUUCAAAUGUAAUCAGUGCAACGCUGCUUUCUAUCGAAACAGCGACUAUACCGCCCAUAUGAAUUCUCACAGAAAUGUUCGACCCUACACCUGCAACUACUGUGGGGCACAGUUCAUCCGAAAGUACAACUGUUUGCGUCACGUCAAAGAACAUGAGGAAACCAAGGCAUACACGUGCGAUGUAUGCAACAAAGCUUUCCAUAGGUCGUAUUAUUUGAAGGAGCACCUUCGCGUACACUCGGGACAAAGACCUCACGUUUGUCACAUCUGCGGCAAAUCCAGUAGCACAAAGUCCAAUCAUAAUAAGCAUGUAAGAAUUCACCAUGCACGCGAGCCUGUUAAUACUGAAAACUAAAGUGACAUCACUUUCUUUUUCUUUCUUUUAUUCAUUCGACUGAGCAUAGUCCAUAAUUUUAUUUAUUUUUAAGAGAUGUUGAAUUUUCUUUAAACAUUGUUUAGUGUUCUUAUUUUUCAUUUAUAAAUUUUUUCUUUACGGAAGUCGAAUCUGUUUGAUUAUAGUUGUCUUUAAUCUAAAAUUGAUUUAUGGAUACAUUUAUGGUUUCGGAGAUAUGAAGACUGUGAAUAAACAUUAUAAAUGACAAAUAAGGAUUUCCAUCUUAAAAAUGCACAUUUUUGGCUUAUUUGUGCAAUUUAUUUUAACGUCUGAAAGCAUAAUCAAGAAAGAAUUAUUACUAAAUUAUCAAAUAAAUGUUGAUAAAUUUCAUAAUAGCAGGAACACCUACUAAAAAAAUUAAGUAGUAUAGAUGUGUACUACUAAAUAUCACUUGUGCCAUGAAUCUCUAUUAUAAUUGUUAUUUUUACGAAUCAAUAUAAUUGACAAUGAAAACUAUGAAAAACAAAUUUAUAUUCAUCGGUCUUAAUAAAUUAUAUCAUUGAAAAAGAAACAAAUUAACUUUUAAUACGUGAAAAAAAUUACGUAAAUUUGAUUAUGGAAUAGAUUGCUAAUCUUUAUCAACCCAUGAGAUAGUUCCAAAUAGCUGUUUAAUUAAAUAAUUUCGUAGUAUUAUACACUUUCAUACAAAAUCAUACAACUUCAGAUUGUUAGUAAUUCGUUAGCAUUUUGAAUGCAACGUUAUAUUGUUAAAGAUUCGCAUGAAUUACAUCACAGAUUAACAUGAAUUUUAUUGGCUCAUCAGAUUAGUAUCAAAUUAUCAAUUUUAUAAUUUUUGCGCGCAUACCUACGAUAUUAUCUGGUAGUUAAAACUGCCCACCUAAUGAAUUUAUGUAGUAUUUUUAAUGAAAAAGAACUUAGCUAUUCUAAGUAAUACAAGCAUUUCUACUAUUGCAAUCCGAUCAUUUUUUGUAGAAAAUAUAAUGUGAGUGUAAUCCGUAGUAUAAGUUCUAUUACGUUAUCUAUUAUAGCAUAUAGGUCACUCAAUUUUUUGUUUGUUUUCUGCAAGUACGCGUUGAUUUUAAAUACUUGGAAACCGUCACUAUAUGUUCUAUUGGCGACUAUUAUUAUCGUUCAAGAAAUUGGCGCUAAGCUGUUCAUAACGUUUAAACCGUAAUGAUACUUCAUACUUGAAGUUAAAAUCACCUUAGAAAGUAAGCAAGUUUGUUAUUUUGUUUUUACGUGAAGUGCGUACAAUUUUCACGAGAUAAGCUUUAAACGAUUGAAAACAAAGUUUUCUUUUAUUUGGGAUCUUCGUCGUAUUUUAUACACAUUGCUAUACUUUUAUGUAACAAAAUACUGUUAGUAAGGGAUUAACUUACAAAGGCCUGUUUCCUCUAAUGCUUGCGACGAAGUACCAAAGCUUAAUUAUGAAGUAUUUAAAAUGAACAUUGUGUUGUGGCACUAAGUGCUAUGUGAGUAAUAUGUGCAACUGAUAUAUAUUGUAUGUAUUUGCACUCAUAAGGAGAGUACCAUAUAUUUGGGUCACCGAUCGUCUUGAAGCUUUGGGAAUCUUUGUGUACACAAAAACAUGCAAGAAUUCACAGCCAAUCGAUUUAAUUCCCGAGUUUUCCAAAGUUACAGGUUAUUUUCGUCGAAACAUACAAAUUUCAGGAUACUCUUAAUCGUGAUAUAAAUAACUCUUAGUCGAAAAGAUAUAGGGAUUUCAUAAUAAUAUCAAAUGAAAGAUGAAAUCAAAUCCUUUCGGUAGAAAUAAAAAUUUUUUUAAUAAGUUGAACCGUUCAAGUUACAUGACAAAAUCUUUUUAAAUAAUAAGCUAAUUUUCCGAGGAAAAAAUCAUUUUAUUGACGUCAGUAAAAUAUUACGAAUGAAUGGUUUGAUUUUUUCAACAAUUUUUUUUUCUAUUGAAAAUGGUGAUCUCAACUUUCGUUUGAUAGAAUUAUGAAAACUCUAUAUUAAUUAAAUUACGAGCAGAUUCGAUCGGAUUUUUAUUGCAAGAUUACCGUGUAUUUUGUUUGUUUGACGGAAGUAACCUGUAAUCACAGAACAAUUGAGUGUAAGAUUAAAUGGUUGCAGCUUCUUCCAAGUUAUUAUGUACAAAAAGAUUUCCUAAAAUUUCAAGUAAAUCGGUGAUCCAAAUUUAUGAUACUUUUCCCUUUCAGAGAGUAUAUUUGUAAGAAAUGCAGAAAAACAAAAUAUUUAAGUGGUUACUAAUUCGAUAAUUCGAUCACAAUUUGCCAAGCGUUAAAACAAAAAUGUGAAUGUGAAAUUAUGCUAAGUAAUAAAUUGUGUACAAAAGUAUUUCAUUUUACACAAUCCACGUGUGACUACUUUUAUAAAUAUAAAAUAGUAUAGCCAAUUGCGAAUGUCAACUACUUAUUUUAAUAAUUAUUUGCAUUCUGAAAAAAAGAAGUAAGAAUACGACUUCAUAGCUUCAAAUUUUUUUCGUGACAUGUAAAAACAUACGUUUUUACUAAAAUUACUGCAAUAAUGAGGACGUUUGCCAAUCAAUAAUGUCGAAUGGAGACGUUAACUGCUUGUUAGUUAAUAAUUUUUAAACGCCGAAUAAGUAUAGGAACGGUCUUUUAAUGUCAAUGAUUGUAAGCGAAUUUUUUUACAGAUAGUAUGAGCAGUGUGAAAACUAUCGUGCGGUCAACGCAUCAGUAGUUUCGAAAUGAAGCAUAGAUUAACAAAUAAGUUCCGCCGUAAUGUUACAUUUUAUGCAAAAUUUGUAUCGACCAUCAGAAAACAAACUGUACGACAUUUAUAAAUCAAAAGGCCUAUCUAUACAUGGAUUGAUAACAUUAACUUUACGGCGCCAGUAACUUAUAGAUAGUUCAAAAUCUUAGUUAAUGUUAUUCUUCUAUAUUUAUGUCUUGCAAUCGCGUAUGCAGUGAUUUUUAAAAUUAAUUCCGAUGUCAAGACUGAUCGAUGUUGGUUUCCAUUGCAAUUCUACUUGCGGAUGUUACACAUAAAACUUGUUUAUUUAUUUUCAUUCUAAAUAUUAAAAGCACUUAAUAUUCAUUUCACUAAAAUUAUAGAAAAGCAAACUUGUAAUUUUUAAUGAAACUUUCAUUUUUUAAGCAGGUAUGAAAGUUAGAGAAAUUUCUUACUAAAAAAGACAAUGGUCUUUGGAAGAUUGUUUGUGAUAAAUUGUUUUUAUUGACUGUGUGAAUAUUACAAAGAAAUCAUUUAAUGCUAAAUAUUUUCGCUCCCUACAGCCAACAUCGAAGUCCAAACGUGCAAUUUUUUUAGCUAAAAUGUAAUUGAUAAGCGCAUGUGUUGAAUAAGGACACAGUUGUACAUAAAUGUAAAUAUGUAUAUCUCCUCUAUUUUAUAAUAGAGCUAACUAAUGUAGCUGGCGAAUGGACAUUAUAUAAAACUUAAUAACAACUAUUAGGGAACUUUGAAGUGAUGCAAGUAAAAGGGAGUGAAUGAAAAAUCUAGUAUAAUUAUUACGAUUACCAUUAAAAAACGAUUAAGCAGCAUAUGUAUAUCUUAAUUAAAGUCAUGUG